AUGGGCAACGUCUUCCUCCUUUGUGCUAUACUAUUCGUCACAAUUUCCGCUAAUUUGGCAUUUGGUGACUCUCUUUAUAUUGUUCGCGCCUACACGAAUUCAAAUUCUUCUGUUCUCACAGGAUCCUGUCAAGCUCUUCAUAUCAUCGCAUCCGAUGGACAAAUGUCCUUAAUUCUAAACGUUGAUGUUUCGGGUUCGCUAAUUGCUCUGUCAGUCGUUGCAAAUAAUCAGACACCUUAUGUUGGUAUAUGCUGUUCUACCUCCCCGGCGGUGCUAUCUACGAUGGUAUCCCUUCGAAAGCCCUCUUUUUCCGUCGGACCCGACACACAGGAAUAUCUUGCAAAAAUGGACAGACGGCGUGAAGAGAAGCUUCGACAAGACCAGGCUGAUAACCGGUCCUUUCUCUCGAAAUAUUGGAUGUACAUUCUACCGGCCGUCUUCUUUUUCAUCUUGCUUAACUCAGCUGAACAGAAUACAGGUGGAAAUUCUGAAUGA